GCCGCAAGGGUCUGGGGCACCAUGGCCCAGACCCUGGGGGAGGACCUGGUGCAGGAUGACUCCAGCUCUCUGGGCUCAGACUCCGAGCUGAACGGGCCUAGCCCGUACCGCCAGGCAGAUCGCUACGGCUUCAUUGGGGGCAGCUCUGCAGAGCCAGGGUUGGGCCACCCCCCUGCAGACCUCGUACGCCAGCGGGAGAUGAAGUGGGUGGAGAUGACCUCGCACUGGGAGAAAACCAUGUCUCGGCGGUACAAGAAGGUGAAGAGGCAGUGCCGGAAGGGGAUCCCCUCGGCCCUGCGGGCCCGGUGCUGGCCCCUGCUAUGUGGGGCCCACGUGUGUCAGGAGAACAGCCCUGACACCUAUGAGGAGCUGGCCAAGGCCCCUGGAGACCCGCAGUGGAUGGAGACCAUCGGCAGGGAUCUACACCGCCAGUUCCCUUUGCAUGAGAUGUUCGUGUCGCCCCAGGGUCACGGGCAGCAGGGGCUCCUGCAGGUACUGAAGGCCUACACGCUGUAUCGGCCGGAGCAGGGCUACUGCCAGGCCCAGGGCCCUGUGGCGGCUGUGCUGCUCAUGCAUCUGCCCCCGGAGGAGGCCUUCUGGUGCCUGGUCCAGAUCUGCGAGGCCUACCUGCCCGGCUAUUAUGGGCCCCACAUGGAGGCCGUGCGGCUGGACGCCGAGGUGUUCAUGGCCCUGCUGCGGCGGCUGCUCCCUCGCGUGCACAAGCACCUGCAGCAGGUGGGCGUCGGGCCCCUGCUCUACCUGCCCGAGUGGUUCCUGUGCCUCUUCGCGCGCUCCCUGCCCUUCCCCACCGUGCUGCGAGUCUGGGACGCCUUCCUCAGUGAGGGUGUGAAGGUGCUGUUCCGGGUGGGGCUGACGCUGGUGCGUCUGGCGCUGGGCACCACAGAACAGCGCCUGGCCUGCCCGGGGCUCCUGGAGACGCUGGGCGCCCUCCGGACCAUCCCGCCCGCCCAGCUGCAGGAGGAGGUCUUCAUGUCCCAGGUGCACAGCGUGGCCCUGUCCGAGCAGGACCUGCAGCGGGAGAUCAGGACCCAGCUGGCACAGCUGCCCGAGUCAGCGUCCGGGCCUCCACCGCGGCCCCAGGCCCGCCUGCCCGGGGCACAGGCCAUCUUUGAAGCCCAGCAGCUGGCUGGGGCCCAGGGAGGCUCCAAACUCAAGGGGCCCCGGAUCGUGGUGCAGCCCCCCGAGGAGCCCAGGCCGCCACAGCGCAAGCCCCAGACUCGUGGCAAGACUUUCCACGGGCUACUGACUCGGGCACGGGGACCCCCGCUGCAGGGAUCCCCGCUGCAGGGACCUCCCAGGUCUCAUCGAGGCUCCACCUCCUUCCUGGACACCCGAUUCUGAGGGUGCUGUGUGCUCAGUGCUCCCAGGUCUCAGUCGCCCAAAUGCAGACACCAGCCUCGAAACGGAUGCUGCACUUCAAGGCCCCAUCUGGGGGCUCAGCUCCCUUCCCACUGACUGUGGGUCAAGGACCUAGGCCUGCAUCUGCCCACAGGGCUGUCCUGGCGCCUGGCCUGGCGAGCAGCGAGGGUGGUGCUGACAGCGUUCAGGACUAAGGCCGCAGACUGGGCUUGGCGGCCCCAAGGGG